GAUGCUGGCGGAACUUAAACCGAAAGUUAUAACUGACACAACGAAGAGGAAAUAAGUUAAAAUAAACCACUGGGGAAAUUAUCUUACACUGUAGAGUUUAUUAUGUUUACCUCGAUUAUCUGCUGCUAAACGCUAAUCUCUAACGGAUCUCUUACUCGUGAAACCGUCAUGUUAUCUUGAGUAUCAAUGUUUUCAAUAGGAAGGGUGGAGGGCCUUCAUCUUGCCACGGAGGAAAUUACAUUUCAUGUGAAGUUAUUGCGAAAAGGAGGAUUUAGUUGAUAUCAAUUAAUUGUACAGCUGCAGUUUAUGAGUCUUCUAUGACCAGGAACAUGGACCCGGACACUGAAGUUGAAAGCAUUUUCAGGCAUGAGAAUGGGGAAGAGGAAAAGAAGAAGUGGACGAGGCCACCCUCCAGCUAUGGUUCCAUGAAGAGUGACAGUGAUCACACGAUGGAGGACGUAGAGGAGGGAAAAGAGGAAGGGGUUGCUGUUACCGUCCAUCCUCCAUUACCUGUGGUGCAACCUGACGUGCUUAUUAAUGAUGGGACAAGGAUGCAAAUGAUUCGCCCAGACUCUCCAGAGACCUACUACACCAUGAACACUCAGCACACCAAACAAGCAGGAGGUCUUGUCAUUGACACAAGGUCUUCUGAUCUGGGGGAUGUUCCAGAAAAUGACUUGGAGGAUGCAGAUGAACCUUUGUUGGCUGAUUCGCCAGAACCACCUAUGCCGGUUGAACCAGAAGAAACAACUAGUGAGAAUAGCCAGCCAGGCACACUACACCCAGAGCAGGACCUGCCCCAUAUCUUCAAGAGUAUCCAGAAUGUUUUGACAUCCCUCCCUUUUAAAGACCUCUUAACAUUUAAGACGUGGUUUUACCAGUGGGAACGAGACCUUACCCAGAAACAAGCGAUGGAGGGAGACCUUCUUGAUUUUGUGGACAUGAUCCUGGAGAAACUCGGACAGGAUCGUUCCCUGUCGCAUACAAUACAAACCCUGAACAGCAUCGGCAAGAUAGAAGAGGCAGACACACUACGUAUUAUGUGUAAAAGAGCGCUGGUCCGUUUUCAACUGCAGCAGGAAUUGUCCAGAAAAUACAAAUAUAUCCACGAGGGGGUUGUUCAAGCUGGAAAGCAGACUUUAUUCGAAUGCAUCUACGUAGAGCCCCAGAUUUCCACCUGUGGUUAUGGAGGAGUUGACCCCUCCCAUGAAUUCCGACCCCAUCCACCAACCAAUCUCAAGGUCCCCAGUCCCCACACCUUCGUCGGGCUGAACGAUCUGUUGCGACUACAAAAGGAAGAUGGUCAACCAGCGAGGACCGUGGUCACCACUGGCUUUGCAGGCAUGGGCAUGUCUGUGUCUAAGGCGAAAUUCUGCCUGAAUUGGGCAGAAAUGCGUGCAAAUAAGGAUCUGCAGUUCGUUUUCAAGCUUUCUUUCCGGAAUUUCUGGACCCUGCGACAAAAUGAAAGUCAUAUCGCAAAGACGAUGUCCAUCAUGGAUGUGUUGGAAUAUUAUUAUCCUGAGAGCAAAGACAUGAAAUACCUGGAGGACGAGGACUGUAAAUUUGUCGUCGUAAUGGACUCACUUGAUUGUUACCGAGAACCUCUGGACUGGCUGAAUGCUCCAGUAAUAAAUGACAAUGUCACCAAAGCAACUCCCGGCGUCCUGGUUGUGAAUAUCGUCCGAGGCACUGUGCUCCGUGGGGCUUGCGUUUGGAUCCUGGGGAGACGGACUGCUAUCUCCCAAAUACCACCUCAGUUCAUUGAUGUCUUCACAGAGAUACAGGGCUUCAGUGAUACGAUGAAGGAUGAAUACCUGACCAAGCGUUAUGAAGACGCAGCGCUAGCAGCAAAGAUCGUGGCACAUUAUAAGCUCCUCCCGUCCCUCGUUAUUCUCACCCGACAACCCUUCGUGUGCUGGAUGGUGGCCACAAUGUUCAAGCGCAGCUUCAAAUAUCGGGGCUAUGGGGAGAACCCCCCCAGGCUGACGCCGUUCUACAUCAAUGUUUUGGUUGUCCAGAUGAAUCGCAGGCUGGAGUUCUACUACGGAAAGGCGGAAAAUGAACUGAAGUGGUCUCCUGAAGAUAAACACGUGGCGACUAAGAUCGGGAAGAUGGCCUUCAAGAUGCUGGAGAAGGACAUCAGUGUGUUCUGUGAAGAGGACGUGAAGGAGUACGGUGUGAGCUUCACGGAGGUGACGUUGUUGUCCGGUCUGUGCACCGAGCUCCCUUCCUCAGAUGUGAAGAGGUUCUGCUUCAUACACUUCAGCGUGCAGGAGUUCAUGGCCGCUGUGUACGUCUUCACAAUGUUUCGCGAAGAGUCCAAAAAUGUUCUGGAGACCAUGUUGUUGCCGAGAACCAAGUUCUUCGCAUCCAAGGAUCAGACCAGAUCAGUGGCCGGCGUCGUCCAGAGCGCCUUAACGCGGACCCUCAACUCCCCGCUGGGCCACUACGACAUGUUCCUGCGCUUUCUGUGCGGCUUGCUCGCCCCGGACUGCCACGACAAUCAGCUGGCCGGUUUCCUGUUCCGCUACCACAUGCCGAAGGUGGGGGGGCUGGACGAGACGCAGCGGCUGCUGCAGCAGGCAAUAAAGACCGCUGAAGUUAAGAAUCGAGACCGGGUGGGGAACUUAAAGGAGUGUCUUAGAGAAAUGUCCCAGACAGAUGAGUGAGUCAGGGUUAAACUGCAUCAUGGAAAUCACUGUCACUUGGAAUGGAAAUGUACUAUAUGGAAAAGAUAGAUACAAAUACAGCCUGCUCUGUUAUAUUUCAUCAUAGAAUUCAUGAGUGAUCAAAGUGUGAUGCUCAAAACAGUGAAAACAUAAGUGAUAAAGUGACUUGUUCAAGUUGGUGUAAUUUUAGCUUUGAUCAUGUCAUACAAUGGACGUUGAUGAGGAUAUCAAACAGUCUGUCAGUCCCUGAUUCAACAGACGAAUGAACAUGCUUUCCGUUACAUUGGAGUUUAAGCAAAACUACAUUUAAGUUUGUCAUGUCUUACAAUCAGCACUAAGAGACUUCAAAUCAGUCAUUUUUUAAUUUAGAUGUGCUUUUCUUUGAAACCAUAUGCAUUGGAAGUCACUUUUGAAACAGGAAAAAACUGAGAAUGUCAUGAGAUUUUAAACAGAUGGGAGUUGUAGGUUAUGGAUGAAAGGUAAUAGUAUGGGUGAAUAAUCUAUUCCUAAAUUAGUCUGGAUUGAUAUUAUAGUGUGUAUGCAUAUUUGUCUCGGGUGAUUCUUGGUGCUUUUGUACUUGCUGAAUUAUAGAUUCAUUCUUCUGUUUACCUUUUCUACCAUUAAUCAACACAAAAUCGAAUAUUAUGGAAUAUCAGCUUUUAUGUGCAUUUGUUUAUUGUUUUUAUAUUUAUUGUUUUUAUAUAUUACCUGUGAGGGAAUAAUUCUGUCUUACUCCUAAGAUAUUUAACCUUUUCUGUGUGUUGACAUUUACGACCAACCCUGGCUCUGGUAUCUCUCUUAAGGAAUGGGAGGCUCCAUCUAUCUUGAUAAACCAGUUCAACUCUCAAAUAUGUUGUUUACUCUGUCUGAACUAGUUAAAAGGGCUAUCGAGAGAAAGGUGCGGGAGAAUUGAUAUGGCAACCCACCAGUGCAGUCAGAACCUUUGACUGUGUGACUUGUGAUGUGAAUUGUGACAAACAUUUAAAGACCCACUAAAUGCAAUGAACUUU